AUGAGGAUCUUGCUUUGUGUCUUUGGCGUCCUCGCCUUGUUGUCCCUAACUCCUCAAGCCAGCUUAUUUUCUAACAUCGGAUGUCCCACUGGGCAGCACAGCUGCAGGAUGAAGUGCAGUGGUGAUGAAUAUGCAGUUAGAUACUGCACUGACUGGAGCAUCUGCUGCAGGGUGAAGAGCCUCAAGAUUAAGAGAAAAAAGAAGUGGUCGAAAGUCUAA